AUGAACGUGUUGUCUUUAAAAGCGCUAUACAAGUUGAAUGUAUUAUUAUUAUUACACACAUACUUAUCUACCUGUGUGUGUGUGUGUGUGUGUGUGCGUGUGUGUGUGCGUGUGCGUGUGUGUGUGACUGGUGGUUCCAGGCCUGACUCUGCGGAGGGCUUCCUGUCCUCCUGUCCAUCUGGGAGUCGUGAGGAGAAGGACUGGGAGGCUGAGUCCACCACCUCCUCCACCCCCUCCAACAACACGGAGUACACAGGGCCUAAACUUUACAAGGAGCCCAGUGCCAAGUCCAACAAACACAUCAUCCAGAACGCCCUGGCUCACUGCUGCCUGGCGGGCAAGGUCAACGAGGGUCAGAAGAACAAGAUCCUAGAUGAAAUGGAGAAAUCGGAGGCCAACAACUUCCUGAUCCUGUUCCGUGACGCCGGUUGCCAGUUCCGCUCCGUGUACGCCUACUUCCCAGAGACGGAUCACAUGACCAAGCUGGCCGGCAUCGGGCCACGCAGCAUCACCACCAAGAUGGUGGACGGCCUCUACAAGUACAACUCAGACAGGAAGCAGUUCAGCGCCAUCCCGGCCAAGACCAUGUCGGCCAGCGUGGACGCCAUCACCAUGGCGACCCACCUGUGGCAGACCAAGAAACAGAGCGUCCCCAGGAGCCUGCAGACCAAGUAGCCCCGAGACCGUGAGCUGUUUAUCUACGACUUGUUCCAUAAGCAACCUUUUUUUUCUCUCUCUUUCAUCCAGCUAGUCAGCAUCUGUCUGAAUCUGGAACAGUUCGUGGAUUUUUAAUCUUAGUUUUUUACCUUUUUUUUACGCCCUGAGUGAUCAGAAACUGUCGACGUAAUUAUGCACAACUGGAAUGUAGAAGCUGAACUUGUGACGUGCUCCAGGUCCGGAGGGCUGUGGCCCACAUACUGACCCUGACCGCAGGAGACCUGGAGGGGAGUCACCAUGGAGCUGGGCGGUGUGUUCCUCACCACAUGCGUGUUCCUCACUACAUGCGUGUUCCUCACCACAUGCGUGUUCCUCACCACACGCGUGUUCCUCACCACACGCGUGUCCAGUCAUCUUCAGUGCCCAAAAAAAAGAGUGAAAAGGCAGAUGCCUCAGUACCUGCUGGACUAGGUAGGACCUGCUUGUCUUUGGAGACGCUGGUUGCUUUUGUCUUUAAGUCGAUCAUGCGUGGCCUUAUGCUUGUUUAGUGUGUCCAAUGAAAGUGCAGUGAGUGACGAUGUCAUAUUUAAGCGCCAGCCGUGAUGUUGCGUGUGCGUGGAUAGUCUCGUCAUCAAUAAGCCAUAACUUCCUGGGGACUCUUACAGGUCUGGCAGCACAGCAGAUGCUGACUACAGCGCUCGUGAUCAGAGCCUGCUGUGACACCACAACAUCAGAUACGUCUUGUAAUUCGAUGGGGUUUUAGAAUUGCGGGAGGAGAGAGAGAUUGUGGGAGGAGAGAGAGAUUGUGUGGAGAGUCUGAUAGGGAUGAGGUUUGAGUCGCGUGAGAGAGGACAGGAGUGAAGAGAAUACCUCAGAUGAUGUUUCUGCCAUUACUAGUUCAUCUUUGAUGAUCUAGUUGUUGGAUAAAUGGACCGUCAUGCGCAGCAGAACAUCAGCAUCAGUCACUUUUAACUUAUUGUAUGAUUUAAUAAGACUUUCGGGGUCUUUGAAAAUAGUCCUUAAAAGUUUGGUCCACAGAUGCAUAAUAUACUUUUAAGAUUAUAAUUUAACUUACUUUGUAUAUAAUGGAUAUUUCAUUCUAAAUGAUCAAGUCAAACAAACGUUUAUCAUCGACUAAGUAAUAUAUGGGGCCUUUUAAUUGAAUUAUAAAAAAAGUAAAGUUGAGUCUAAAAGUUGAGUCAUUUAGAAGUGUCACAAGAACUCAAACUGGAACUCAAAGCACACAUUGUCAUUAAUGUCCCAUUCUGACCAAAUGUAUUAAUAUUCUCUGAUGUCCAGUAGCCAUACCGUGGAUAAUAUGUUCUAAAAUGCUCAUCUGAUUACACAAAGUAUUCCACAGGUGUAAAUAGAUCAUGAACAUCUUGACAGAUGUUCUCACAGUAGAUGCCUAUUUAGUAGUUGGGUUAACAACAUAUUUAUCAGUACACACUACACUAACCACAGUAACACAUUGCUUACUGUGUUCAAUAGAUUCAACCAGAAUAAUUAUUACAUGUUUUGUUUUUGAGAAACCCAUUUAUUAAAUGCUUUUCCCCUGUACAUAUCUAUUUUGUCAUAUAAAGUAUUUUUUUGCGUGAACCAUUAGGCCUAUCAUCUUGUGGUUUCGUUUGAACCUCAGUUAUGAAAGGAAAUAUUCUGAAAACGUACAGGUGGUAAAAAAGGCGAUGGUUCUUAUUAUUCGUGAAAGGCCAGAAGGGGUUAUUGUACUUCAGAUUCUUGCUAUUAAGAAAUGUACGUGUCAUUUUAAUUUUUAUAUUGCUAAAUUUGUUUGAUUUCAAUGCAGUCAAUAUGUUUAUGUAUUCAUGUUAUUUUUAUAUAUUCAUUUAAACCGUAAUAAAAUGGAAAACGUAAUCGUAA